AUGUCUGCCUCGGGUGUCAACGUUCUCCGGUACUCGGCCCUGGCCUUUGGUGUCUUCUUCGGCUUCACCCACCAGAGGACAAUCACCGCCACGCAAAACGCCGCCCACGCCAAGAAGGAGUACGAGCACCAGCAGCAAUUAAUAGAGCAGGCGCGUGCCAAGUACGCCGAGCAGAAGAACCCCAAGUCUCUCAGCGCCCAGAAGAGCCCUCUGGACCAGGACCCCAUGUCGCCGAGCUUUGACCUGGAGGCCUACCUCAACGCCGUGGCUGCGAAGAACCCGUAA